AUGUUCGCCCGCCAGGCUUUCCGUCCCGCCCGCACCCUCACCAACUCCGUCCGCAGAUACGCGUCCGAGGCCCCCAAGAAGAGUUCCAAUGGGGCUCUCUAUGGCGCGUUGGCUCUCGGCGCCGGCGGCGCCGGCUACUGGUACUUGAACAGCUCGAAGGGCGCCGUCCCCACACCUGCGUCCUUGAAGCCCGCCGAGAAGACCUUCAAGGGUGGCGAUCAGGGCUUCGUUUCUCUCGUGCUCGAGGAUGUCGAGACCGUCAGCCACAACACCAAGCGCUUCCGCUUCAAGCUGCCCGAGGAUGACCACGUUUCCGGCCUUGAGGUCGCCUCCGCGCUAUUGACCAAGUACAAGGGUCCGGAGAUGCAGAAGGCAGUUUUGCGGCCGUACACUCCUGUGAACGAUGAGGAUGCCCGCGGCUACCUCGACCUCGUCGUCAAGCAAUACCCCAACGGCCCCAUGUCAACGCACAUGCACAACAUGACACCCGGCCAGAGCCUUGACUUCAAGGGCCCGCUGCCCAAGUUCCAGUGGGCCCCGAACAAGCACGAGCAUAUCGCUCUCAUCGCUGGUGGUACCGGUAUCACGCCCAUGUACCAGCUCAUGCGCGCCAUUUUCAAGAACCCCGAGGAUAAGACCAAGGUCACGCUUGUCUACGGCAACGUCGGCGAGGACGACAUCCUGUUGAAGAAGGAGCUUCACGAGCUGGAGAACACGUACCCUCAGCGCUUCCGCGCCUUCUACGUACUUGACAACCCGCCGAAGGAGUGGACUCAGGGCAAGGGCCGUGUCACCAAGGAGGUGCUCAAGACGGUUCUGCCAGAGCCGAAGGAGGGCGACAAGCUUAAGAUCUUCGUCUGCGGUCCUCCCGGCAUGUACAACGCCAUUUCUGGCAACAAGGUCAGCCCCAAGGACCAGGGUGAGCUGUCUGGUAUGUUGAAGGAGCUUGGAUAUGACAAGGAGCAGGUUUACAAGUUCUAG